AUGCAUGCCGGGCCUUCCUCGUCGCAGGGACAAGUCCGCGUCAAGCAGGAGGAAGGCCACGUCAGGGUCAAGCAAGAGGAAGGCUGUGAAGCUUCCUCUUCGACGCAACACCAGCGACACAGUCAGAGUCAGGCUCAGACUCAGAGGAUUGACGAGAGGCCGAGGUACAAGGACCCCUACCAUGGCCAUGAAGAGACCGCCAAGAUGUCGGCGCGAUUCAUCAUCUCGCUGUUCAACUGUCCCGUGAUACCUCCCCAGACUGGACCCAACAGUCCUCAACCUCCUUUGGCACAUUUCAUUGCCUACGCCCUCCACCGAACACGUCUCCCCCACUUUGUCACCCUCUCCGGCCUGCUCCUUCUUCAACGCCUCAAAGCCCGUUACCCAUCAGCGCGAGGUUCUUCCGGGCACCGACUGUUCAUCUCGGCGUUCAUGAUCGCCAGCAAGAUCGUCUGCGACGACACGUACUCGAAUCAGAGCUGGUGCAUCGUCGCGCAAAAGAUGUUCGAGUUGAAGGAGAUGAACCAGAUGGAGAGGGAGAUGUGCGGGUACUUGGAGUGGAACUUGGUGAGUCGCCGGAGUCAGGUGGUAGUGCAUGUGGGCUGCUUGCUGAUCUACCUGGAGAUUACUUGUGAUAGAACGCCUCAUCAAACGAGAUCGACGCUUUCGAGGCCAAGGUCAAGGCCGACCAUUCGUCCAUGGCUUACAACGCCCGCAAGGCCGCCAUGA